GCUCGGAGCAGGGAAAUCUCUGCUGUUCCUGCAGGACCACAGCUCUGGGAGCAGCAGGAGCCCCCACCCCAAUGGUUCCAGCACUCCAGGAGAAUCAGGAACUCCCAGCACGGUGGUGCCACCAUUCCAGGAGAAUCAGGAACUCCCAGCACGGUGGUGCCACCAUUCCAGGAGAAUCAGGAACCCCCAGCACGGUGGUGCCACCAUUCCAGGAGAAUCAGGAGCCCCCAGCCCAAUGGUCCCAGCACUCCAGGAGAAUCAGGAGCCCCCAGCCCAAUGGUCCCAGCAUUCCAGGAGCAGCAGGAGCCCCCAGCCCAAUGGUCCCAGCACUCCAGGAGAAUCAGGAGCCCCCAGCACGGUGGUGCCACCAUUCCAGGAGAAUCAGGAGCCCCCAGCCCAAUGGUCCCAGCAUUCCAGGAGCAGCAGGAGCCCCCAGCCCAAUGGUCCCACCAUUCCAGGAGAAUCAGGAGCCCCCAGCCCAAUGGUCCCAAUGCUCCAGGAGAAUCAGGAGCCCCCAGCCCAAUGGUCCCAGCACUCCAGGAGAAUCAGGAACCCCCAGCACGGUGGUGCCACCAUUCCAGGAGAAUCAGGAGCCCCCAGCACGGUGGUCCCAGCACUCCAGGAGAAUCAGGAGCCCCCAGCACGGUGGUCCCAGCACUCCAGGAGCAGCAGAGCCAGAGCCCCUGGCCCAAUGGUCCCAGCACUCCAGGAGCAGCAGAGCCAGAGCCCCUGGCCCAAUGGUCCCAGCACUCCAGGAGAAUCAGGAGCCCCCAGCACGGUGGUGCCACCAUUCCAGGAGAAUCAGGAGCCCCCAGCCCAAUGGUCCCAGCAUUCCAGGAGCAGCAGGAGCCCCCAGCCCAAUGGUCCCACCAUUCCAGGAGCAGCAGAGCCGGAGCCCCCGUUCCUUUCCCUGCGCUGGCUCCGCAGGGCCGGGAGCAGCCGGGCCCGGGGGGUCUCCCCUGCCUCCCUUCCCCUCUCGCUGCCCGGGGGCCCCGCUGGGUCCGUGCCCGUUUGCAGCCGCGUUUGA